AUGAUUGGCGUGGCCCGUUCGUCAGCCGGCAUGGAUGCGGAUGGCGGCGAGACUGGCGGUUGGUACGCCGACGCAAGGACCGCCGGGGCGGCGCGCGGCGCGCUGGCGCCGCAGGCUGCCCCCGGCAGGGCCAGACGGCAGCAUGCUCCGCAGCAGCACGGCCAGUGGCAGGCGGAGCAGCAGCGCGCGCCCGUGGUCCUCACGGCCUCCGGGCCGCAUGCGCGCGCCGGCGCCGCGGCGGCGGCGGCGGACGCGGGCCGCGGCGGGUGGGGGUGGCAGUGGAGCGAGGGGGAACAGGAGGAAGAGGAGGAGGAGGCCUGGUGGUCGAAUGGAGACGGAAUGGCCGCGGCGCGCUUCGCUGGUGGCGAGUAUGAGGGCCAAGGGGAAUGGGGGGUGGCCGCUCCUCAGGCGGAGGGCCGCUUUUCGGGGUGGCAGCAGCCCGCUGCUCGCUCACCGCUCCCGGAGCCUCCCGCGCCGCCGCCGCCUCCGGCCACCCAGCCGCCGCAACGGCCCGCGCCGCGGCAGCAGUGGAUGUGGCAGCGGCGGCGGCGGGCGCAGGCCGACGCAGCGGCGGCCGCCGCCGCAGAGGCGGCUGCGGCUGCGGCUGCGGCGGCGGCGGCCGAGCGCCAGGCGAGCCCCUCCUCAUCUGGCGCCACCCGCAGCGGCAGCGCCGGGCGCCCGCCGCUGUGGGGCCGCUUCUCCUCCGCAGCAUGCGACCCGCCCGCCGGCCCCGCGCGCCGGCCCGGCGGCGGCGCUGCGGGCGCGUGGGCCGCGGGCGAUAGCGACAGCGGCAGCGACGCCAGCGGCGGGGGCGGCGGUGAGGAGGAGGACGGCUUUGGCUACGGCGGCGCCGGCCGCGGCGAGGCGGACAUGUCGCUGCCGCCGCCGCCGCUGGAAGCGUUUGAGCAUGCUGACGAGGACGACGGCGACACCACCGCCGCGCAGGUGCUGAGGGGCCGCGACCCGCAGGGCAUACCCUGGGCCCGCCUUCACUUCUCCCGGGAGGAGUACCGGCAGCAGCGCCUGGACUCGUACCAAAAUUACACAAACCUCAUAGGCGAGGGCGAUGGCCCCAAGGUUCGCACGGAGCUCUGCGCCGGCCGCCCCCAGCCGGCGCGCGGCGGCAGCGCGUACGCCUUCCUGCGCAACUGGCGCGGCGUUCCCAGCAGCAUCGUGCACUUUCAGCCGCCGCAGCCGCCGCCUCAGCAACAGCAGCCGCUGCCGCUGCUGCCACCGCUGGUGCCGCCGCCGCAGCCAACGAUGAGCUGGGGGCCCGGCCCUGCGAGCCGCUGCGGCGCCUUGGCUCCUCCGCCGUGCUACCCCCGCAUGGACAUCGCUGAAACGGCUGAGGGCGGCAGUGCCCUCGACCACCACCACCCCGGCCCUUUUGCACUCAUCUUCAACCCCCCCUCCCCACGCCUCCUCCGCCUGCAAACCCCGGGGCCGACCCACUCGAACCGCAAACGGCCGCAGCUGCGCAACCUGCUGUGGGCGACCAGCCCCCACGAGCUGUUGGUGGUCAACUCGAACGCCGUGUGCCACUGGAGCGGCGUCACGCGGCGCACGACAGAGGUGCUCAACCUUCGUGGCCUGCCCAAGGGGCCGCGGCUGCCAGGUGUCGGGCGCGUGCAGAUCAGCACCCUGGGGGUGGAUGGUGACCUGCUGGCGGCGGGCGGCUUUGCCGGAGAGCUCGUGGUCGCGCGCAUGAGGGGGGCAGACGGUGACGUCAUCGGGGGCGGCGCUGACGUCAUCUCCGGCGGCGGCGGCCGCGGCGCCUCGAGCGGCCGGGCGACGAGCGCGGGCUCGGCGCGGGGAGGGAGGGGGGAGGCGGAUUCGGAGGAGGAGGGGUCGAGCGGGGAGGAGGGGAGGGGGCAGGAGGGCGACGAGCAGCGGCGCCGCCGCCGCCGCGCGUGGCAGGGCGGCGGCGGCGCGUUCGGCGCGCUGGCGUGCGGGUUCGGGAGCGUGGGGCGGCACUGCCGGCUGGUUUACAGCGGGCGCGUCACGCAGUGCGAGAACGGCAUCACCAACGGCGUCGAGAUCUCGAGAUCUUGCCGCCUCGGCCGUGCGAUCAUGACCUCCAGCAACGACUCAACCCUCCGCGUGUUCGACGCCGCCACCCUCGCGCCCCGCGCGCGCGUGGUCUUCCCCUGGGCCGUCAACUUCGCCUCCCUCCGCCCCGGCGCGGCCGCCGCCGGCGGCGGCGCGGUGGCCGCGGUCGUGGGCGACGACCCGGACGCGCUGCUGGUCGAUUUGCUGUCUGGGCGGACGGCUCUGCGGCUCACGGGGCACAGGGACUUCGCUUUCGCGGCCGCCUGGCACCCGGCCGGCGGCCUGCUGGCUACGGGGAACCAGGACGGCACGGCGAUGGUGUGGGACGUGCGGGCGCCGGGCGGGCCGCUGGACGUGCUGCCGGGGCGGCUGGGGGCGAUGCGGGCACUCAGAUGGUCGUCAGACGGCAGCUUCCUGGUGGCCGCGGAGCCGGGUGACUUUGUCCACGUUUUUGAGAUGGAGGGGGGCGUCGCCGCCAAGCGCGCAGCCCUUUCGCUCGACCGAUAA